CUCCCCUCCCUCUCUCUCCCCCUGACCCUCUCCCGAUGGACGUCGACCAGCCCGCCCAGCAGCAGCAGCAACAGCCACAGCCAGAGCCACAGCCACAGCCACAGCAGCCACAGCAGCCACAGCUCCCUCGCCUCCGCCCACGCCCAAACCUCAAGACAUACAAGGACGGGCGGGCCAUCUGCCGAGAAUUCUCUGCAAUUGACCCAGUCGAGCAGCCUGCAGUCAAGCGUGGCCGCAAGAAAUCAUACGGGCGCCAUUCUGUGGGCAGCAUGGCCUUCCUGAUGGCUGCUGGGCUGCUGGGCGAGGGCUGGGAUGCUGCGCUGGGGCAUGCGGAGGGGACGGAGGGCUGGCAGCUGCUUAGCGAGAUGUUUGGUGUUAUUGUCUCGCUGGAGAAGAACAUCUUUACCUUCCUGGGCAAGCACAAGCCGCCUCAGACCACGGUCACCGUCACACGCCCUUUCAGCGGCCAUGAGGGCAUUGUCCGGGAGGGCCGCUGGGCGCGUGUGGGCGGUAUUGCGACGCGCCGGGAGGCCGUCGAGGGAGUGGACUGGCUCCACCGGCUCACCCAGCCCGCAGAUGCAGCACCGGAGCCGGCUGCGCCAGAGCCACGCGUCGACAGAUACUUCAACCCCUCACGGAUGACUUGAUGUCCGCCGCUCCCCUCGCACUCGCCCAGCCACUCGCUGCUCCCGACCCGCCAGUUCCCGCGGCGGCUGGUGACGAUGUGCAUGCGGACGAUGCACCGCUUGACGAAACAGCAAGUGCUGCUGACCACAGGGCGCCGCGGAGGUGCAGGGGUUCUAUGUGGGUCAGCUGGGGAUGGUGAAUGACCCUGCCAUGAUGGCC